UCAUCAUACUCGAUGUUCCUCGUAGGCGCUUCUGUUCGUGCUCGGUAGACGGACGGCGAAGAAGUCAGAGGGGGAGGAUAUCUCUCAAUUUUUGUUCCUCUCUCUUUUAAUCUUCGUUUAAGGAAAUAAAUAAAAGAAGAAAAAGAUGGGAGUGAAACAAGCAAUCAAAGCUAUAGAUGCUUUUCCGCGCGCUGAGGAGCACUUGUUGCAGAAGACCAAAUCUGGCGCCCUCGUUUCUAUUGUUGGGCUAGUCAUCAUGGCAACACUAUUCUUGCAUGAACUAAGAUAUUAUCUUACUACAAAUACAGUCCAUCAGAUGGCUGUUGACUUGAAACGUGGGGAAACACUCCCCAUACACAUCAAUAUGUCAUUCCCGUCUUUACCUUGUGAUGUUUUGAGUGUCGACGCAAUUGACAUGUCAGGAAAGCAUGAAGUAGAUCUUGAUACAAACAUAUGGAAGCUUCGCUUGAGCCGUGAUGGCUACAUCGUUGGCACCGAAUAUUUGUCAGACCUGGUGGAGAAGGAACAUUCGGAUCAUAAGCAUGAUGACCACAAAGAUAAUCAUGAAGAUUUACAUCUGCAAGGUUUUGACCAGGAAGCUGAAAAUUUUAUUAAAAAAGCAAAGCAAGCAUUGGAUAAUGGUGAAGGAUGCAGGGUGUAUGGUACUUUGGAUGUUCAACGUGUUGCUGGAAACUUCCAUAUAUCUGUCCAUGGGCUCAACAUAUUUGUUGCUCAAAUGAUAUUUCAAGGGUCUAGUCAUGUUAAUGUAAGUCAUAUCAUCCAUGACUUGUCAUUUGGUCCAAAAUAUCCUGGAAUUCACAACCCUCUAGAUGGGACAGAGCGGAUUCUGCAUGCAGGAAGUGGAACUUUCAAAUAUUAUAUAAAGAUUGUUCCUACUGAAUAUAGGUACUUAUCAAAGGAAGUUUUACCUACGAAUCAAUUCUCUGUCUCUGAGUAUUACUCUCUGAUACAUGAGUUUGAUAGGGCGUGGCCAGCUGUGUACUUUCUGUAUGAUUUAUCACCAAUUACUGUCACCAUCAAAGAAGAACGCCGAAGUUUUCUUCACUUCAUCACUCGACUUUGUGCAGUUCUCGGUGGUACAUUUGCUCUAACAGGAAUGCUAGACAGAUGGAUGUAUAGACUUGUUGAAGCAGUGACGAAGCCAAAUGCUAGAAGUACUGUUCGGUAAAUUUGGCCUCACCUGGAGAUUGCACGCGGUAUUGAACUCACAAUGAUCAGAAAACUCUAACAGUGGAUGGGAGCAAUGACUACUACAAUGGAAAUUUGAUGCUGGACUCUGAUGUGCAAUUUCUUCUUUAGCUUUUCUGUGGUUUUGUAAUACUCUGUGAUUCCAAAUAUUUUUGCACCUGUUUUGAGAAGAAAGGCUUUGGCUAAUAGCUAUGCUAGAAUGUUAGAUUUUCAAUUAUUUGCUAGUCAGGAAAAAAAAA